GUAAGUUGUAUAGUAAGCUGUAUAGUACAGCACUGUAUACUUGGUUAUGAUUGGGUGCAUACCUCUGUGUGUUUUAGUUGGAGCGAAGGCCAUGUUUAUCCGCAUGCCAAAGAGAGGAGGGGCAAGAGGUUAUAUGUUGUCCCCCAUGUCCAGAUUAAUUACUUUCCCCCGCGGUCUGUCAGAGAGCAGGCUGGCAGAGAGAGAAGAACGUUCACAAUUUUUUACAUGUAGAUUUUGAUUCUUUCUUUUGUGUCUCAGGCCAGUCUUUCAAAAUGCAGUCAGUAAAUGUGGAUCCCUCCAAGAUGGGUGUUGGGAGGGCCAUCGCUGUUCUCACCUCUGGGGGAGAUGCGCAAGGUAUGAAUGCUGCUGUAAGAGCCACAGUGAGAGUAGGCAUCUAUACUGGGGCUAAAGUCUACUUCAUACAUGAGGGUUAUCAGGGUCUAGUAGACGGAGGAGACAAUAUCCGUCUAGCAACAUGGGAGAGUGUGUCAAUGAUGCUACAGCUGGGUGGUACAGUGAUUGGCAGUGCCCGUUGUCAGGAUUUCCGCACUAAGGAGGGCCGGACUAAAGCAGCAUGUAACCUGGUGAAGUUGGGCAUCACUAAUCUGUGUGUGAUAGGUGGAGAUGGCAGCUUGACAGGAGCAGACCAUUUCCGUGCUGAAUGGAGUGAGCUGCUCCAGAUAUUGAUUAAAGAAGGUAAGAUCACAGCCGAGGAGGCCAAGCGUUCAUCCCAUCUGAACAUCGUAGGGAUGGUUGGCUCCAUCGACAAUGAUUUUUGCGGCACAGACAUGACGAUCGGAACAGACUCGGCUUUGCACAGAAUUAUAGAGGUGGUGGAUGCUAUUACCACCACAGCACAAAGUCAUCAGCGAGCCUUCAUUCUAGAGGUGAUGGGCAGACACUGUGGGUAUUUGGCAUUGAUAACCGCUCUGGCAAGUGGUGCUGACUGGGUAUUUAUUCCUGAGAUGCCUCCAGAGGACGGCUGGGAGGACCACCUGUGCAGAAGAUUAGCCAGUCAAAGGCGUCUGGGCUAUCGUCUAAACGUCAUCAUUGUGGCUGAAGGAGCUAUGGAUCGUUGCGGCAAACCGAUCACAUGUGACAUAAUCAAGAAUUUGGUUAGUAAAAAACUGGGAUUUGACACUCGAGCUACCAUCCUGGGUCACGUGCAAAGGGGAGGAACACCUUCGGCCUUUGACAGAAUACUGGGUAGUAGGAUGGGCGUGGAGGCAGUGAUGGCAUUGCUGGAGGCCACUCCUGAAACACCAGCAUGUGUUGUCAGCUUGUCCGGGAAUCAGGCUGUCAGACUGCCCCUAAUGGAGUGUGUGCAAGUGACUAAAGAUGUGACUAAAGCCAUGUCGGAGGGCAACUAUGAACAGGCCUUGAUGCUGAGGGGAAGAAGUUUUGAGAACAGCUGGAACACAUACAAACUGCUUGCUCAUGUGAACCCUGCUGAGGUCAAGAGCAAUAUAAAUAUAGCCCUAAUGAACGUGGGUGCCCCAUGCGCAGGUAUGAACGCAGCAGUACGUUCAGCAGUCAGGACUGGAAUUCUGCAGGGGCAUCAGAUGCUGGUUAUACAUGACGGCUUUGAAGGACUUGCUCAUGGCAAUGUUGAGCCUAUUACAUGGGCAACUGUUGGGGACUGGACUGGGCAAGGUGGUUCCAACUUGGGAACUAAGAGAACACUGCCAGCCAGUGUUAUGGAGGAAGUCAGUCUUAACAUAGCUAAGUUUAACAUCCAUGCUCUAGUCAUCAUUGGAGGGUUUGAGGCAUUUGAAGGGGGUUUGGAAAUGGUGGCUGGUAGAGAGAAGUAUGAGGAACUGUGUAUCCCCAUGGUCAUUAUUCCAGCCACUGUGUCUAAUAAUGUUCCUGGAUCAGACUUCAGCAUUGGAGCUGAUACUGCUCUCAACACCAUUACAUCUACCUGUGACAGAAUAAAACAAUCUGCAGCUGGAACAAAGCGUAGAGUUUUCAUCAUUGAAACUGCGGGAGGAUAUUGUGGUUAUCUGGCAACCAUGGCAGGCCUUUCUGCUGGAGCUGAUGCUGCCUACAUCUAUGAAGACCCUUUCGGCAUACAUGACCUGCAGGUGAAUGUUGAGCAUUUGGUUGAGAAAAUGAAGACCACAGUGAAAAGAGGCCUUAUCCUCAGGAAUGAGAAAUGUAACCCCAACUACACAACAGACUUCAUCUUUAACCUGUACUCAGAGGAGGGCAAAGGAGUCUUCGACUGUCGCAAAAACGUGCUGGGGCACAUGCAACAGGGUGGAACUCCAUCACCAUUUGACAGAAACUUUGGCACUAAGAUGGGAGCUAAAGCUGUGUUGUGGUUGACUGAUAAACUGAAGGAAUGCUACAGACACGGUCGUAUCUUUGCCAACACACCAGACUCUGCAUGCGUGCUGGGUUUGAAGAAGAGAUCCAUGGUUUUCCAGCCUCUUUCUGAGCUCAAGGAGAAUACUGACUUUAAACAUCGUAUUCCCAAGACUCAGUGGUGGUUGAGCCUGAGGCCCAUUCUGAAGAUUCUGGCUAAAUACAACAUCAGCUUAGAUAUCUCAGAGAAGACAGCUAUGGAAAGUGUUAUCAAAAAGAGAGGAAUGGUUUAGAUGCAUUCACACAAAUACACUCAAAUAAAAAUACUGAAAAUGUGCUUCCUCUGUAACAGAUUUUCAACAGCACAGACCAGUUUCUGGUAUUAUUUUCAAAUGAUGCAAGCUUUCCAUUUAAAACCACACACUAACUGCACAUCUUCUGUUACGCAUGCAUUGCUGGCCACUUCCUACUACUUAAUGUGCCUUGUUCUACGUAUUUUACCUUCAGUACUAUAUUGUGUGUGCUGUAGUAAAAUAUAAUUGCACCAAGAUCAGUUAAAUUGUGUUAUCUCAUACAUGUAUGGCACAGAAAAGCCUGACUAAAUUUACUUGAAUGUUAAAUGUUAAAAUAGUUUUCAAGUGGUUUCUGAACUAGAUUUAACACUAAAGCUUCUGGAAUUGUCAUAAGUUACAAUUAAAUUCACCUUCUAUUA